AUCAGAAGAUAGAAACUAUGGAGUACGGACCCACCAAUCAUUGCACUCUCUCUCUCUCUCUCUCUCUCUCUCUUCACUCCAAAACAUCAAAACAAAAAUUUACUAUGAUGUUUGGUUUAGGGCGAAUCCAAGUGUCGAUGUUUGCCACAACAGCAAGAACUCAUUCACCUCACUCCACUCUAUCACUCACAAAUGAAUUGGCUCAAAGUAGUGAGUCCCUUUUGCCUCGUGAUUGUGCCCUUUGUUUAGGAAGCUUAAAUUAAGCAUUUCAUAUAUGUAGGUGACUCCCCUGCACAUUGGAAAGAGGUUCUUAAAGGAAUUCGUGAAAUGAGGUGUUCUACAGAUGAACAAGUAGAUACUAUUGAUGCACUACCACCUAAGAAGAUUUGCUGUGCUGGCAUCUUCCCUUUUAUCAAGCCAAACUAAGGAGCAUGUUACUCGUGGAGCAACUCAACGACUUCAUGAAAAUAGUCUUCUUACUGCUGAUGCAAUCAACAAAGCUGAUGAAGAAACCAUCAAGAAGUUGAUUUACCCUGUUGGAUUUUACACAAGAAAAGCCAGUAACCUAAAGAAAAUUGCAAAUAUUUGUCUCAUUAAGUAUGAUGGAGACAUACCUGACUCAGUUGAGGAACUACUCUUACUUCCAGGCGUAGGUCCUAAGAUUGCGCAUCUGGUUAUGAUUGUUGGAUGGAACAAUGUCCAAGGGAUAUGUGUAGAUACUCAUGUUCACCGCAUUUGCAAUCGGCUUGGAUGGGUUUCGAGAUCAGGCACAAAACAGAAAACUUUGACACCUGAAGAAACAAGAAAAGCGUUACAACGGUGGCUUCCGAGGGAAGAAUGGGUUCCAAUAAAUCCACUUUUGGUAGGAUUUGGACGGAAAAUUUGUACUCCUCUACGGCCUCACUGUGGAGAAUGUAGUGUAAGUAGGUUCUGUCCAUCUGCGUACAAGGAAACUUCAAGCCCAUCGUCCAAGUCCAAUAAGUUUACACCAAACAAGAAGCCUUAAUCAAGCUGAUUAAAGUUGAUCAAUUAAUUAUAAGGUCAACAUUGAACACAAGGGUUUAUUUAGAGAUAUAUGUUUUGAAGUUGAUGAUAAAUGUGUGCAGGCUUAUCUCCCACAUGCAGAAAGAUUAUUGACAGAAUCCAAACUGUUUAUCCUUUUGGUCAAAAUCUGAACUUGUCACCUCCACAUUGCAAGACAAUAAACAAUUGCGUC